CAGCCCUAUUAGGAAGAGUUUCAGGAUGCUUAACUAAAGUAUCUAAUUCCGCUAAUCUGAAUCUGAACCCAAUACUUCAUUUGCGGGCAUCGUCCUAUAAGUUAACCCCUUCGGCAGCAUAAAAUAAAAUAAAUUCGUGUUCUUGCUUAGCCCAUGCGGACGGGAAUCGGAACCCAUCCCAAGGCAGCACCGAUAUACAAAUAAAUUGGUGCACCGUCGCCUAGCUUGCCAGAGUGGAGUCGUCGCUUCGCUCCUUGUGCCAGCAGCGAUGCAGAUAUUCGUGAAGACACUCACCGGAAAGACGAUCACGCUCGAGGUCGAAAGCAGCGACACCAUCGACAAUGUCAAGACCAAGAUUCAGGAUAAGGAGGGUAUACCUCCAGAUCAGCAGAGGCUAAUAUUUGCAGGGAAGCAGUUGGAGGAUGGUCGAACCUUAGCUGACUACAACAUUCAGAAAGAAUCAACUCUCCACCUGGUUUUGAGGCUCAGGGGUGGAACUAUGAUCAAGGUGAAGACACUUACUGGAAAGGAAAUUGAAAUAGACAUUGAACCCACUGAUACUAUCGAUAGAAUCAAGGAGCGGGUUGAGGAGAAAGAAGGGAUCCCACCUGUGCAGCAGAGGCUUAUUUAUGCAGGCAAGCAGCUCGCAGAUGAUAAGACUGCCAAGGAUUACAACAUUGAGGGUGGUUCUGUCCUCCAUCUUGUUCUUGCUCUGAGGGGUGGUCUUCAGAAAUAAUCAUUCAAGAUGUGCCUAAAACUACAACGAAGCUAAGUAUUACAUGUGGAUUUUAGUUUUUUUUUUUUUCUUUUAUUCAAGAGAGCUCUCCUAAAUUAUCUGACUGUUAUCCAAAAUGACAGAAUGUUGAUCCCGAUAACAGUAGUUCCUUGCAUGGGAUUUGUGCAUCCCAAUGAAUGGGAUUUGUGCAUCCCAAUGAUUUCGCUGUUAAAUCUUAAAUCUGCUUGCCUUCUUGUGCUAAAUUAUGUCCCCUUACCGCUAUUCCCUU